AUGAGCUCACCAAUCACCAGCGUCCCCGAUCCAUCCGAGUCUUCGGCACUGGCAUCCAUCAUCACACAAGUCCAACCUGGUCGAGUGCCCACCGCCACGCGAACCGUUCGACCCACACAAGCCACCUCGAAAAAGGCGGCCGACGCUGCGGGCAAGAAGAAAAAGAAGAAGAAGAACGCAGCUGCUGCUUCCACCGCACAAGCCGAAGAAGCGGCUCACCUCCGAUCGCAGGAUGAAGCUGUGGCCGCUGCAGCGCGACUAGGCUCGCAAGCUGCACACUCGCAGGCGAGAGGCAACUCCGUCAGCGCUUCCACGGCAGUUCCCGCACCUGCGCUUUCGUCUGCUACGAUCGCGCCACCAUCAGAGACACGAGAGGACGUAGACGCCCAACACUCACAUCAGGCUUCGUCCACGUUGCUCGGCACCUCGACAGCCGGCAACACGUUGACGCACAGCGCUGUACUCCCUGCCGAAGGUGCGAAUGGUGCCGCGGCUGGAGAGCAGGAGGACGUGGUCGAAAAGUCUGGUCUGCCAACGGCCACCGAGAGCAGCGAGGGGACGGUGGAGAAGGAUGGACUGAUCGAUGUGCCUCCACGUACGCAUGCAUCCAGUCAAGCGGCGACGGGUGCACCAGCAGCCGGUGGUGCGACCGCGCCUGCUUCGACUGUCAAGACCGCGAAACCUCCAACCCAGUCUGCCUCUGCCGCCCCUGCAUCGUCACCUGCUGCCAAGGCAGGAGCAGCGAAACCCACAUCGACAUCAAGAGCAGCACCAGCAACGACGAGCAAGUCGAGCAAAGCAAAGAAACCGAGCUUUGGAGAGAAGCUGAUGGCGUUCCUCACGUGCUCGUCCGUCACCGGUGCUGCUGUGCAGCAAGAGGAGAUGCGCGAGAAGAGCCGCCCGACCGCCACAGCCAACGUCCCAGCGCGCAACGCUUCUGCAGCACCAACAGGAACAGGCGCUAGCAGCGUACAGGCACCACCACGAACGCCCAACUCCAAGGACGCUUCCGGGGCAGCUGGGUCUGACUAUCCCACCACUCCUGGUGGAGGCACCAAGCUGCCUCGAGCAGAGACGGGCGAUGUCAUGUCCGGCGCCGUCGUCCCUCCCGGAGCAUCGUUCGUGACAGCGGACGAAGCGCGCAAGUCUCGAGCGUCGAGUCUUCACGGCGCCUCUCUUUCCUCCUCGGACGAAGAGGACGAUGACGAAGACGAGGAUGACGACGAGAUGGAUCUCGAAGAUGAAGACUACCUUACGGACGAUCAGACGGAAGAGCAGAGGUUGAUAAUGCAAGGCGGCAUCGGUAUUCCCGUGGACGAGUUUGGUAACCCAUCUCCACUGCUUCCUGGAAUCGGCGCCAUCGAUACCGGGCGAAAGUGUCUCGUGCUCGAUCUGGACGAGACGCUGGUGCAUAGCAGUUUCAAGAUGAUCCAGAACGCCGACUUUAUCGUCCCCGUCGAGAUUGACGGCACGGUGCACAACGUGUACGUGAUCAAACGUCCCGGUGUGGACGAGUUCAUGCGUCAGAUGGGUCUCAUCUACGAGGUGGUGGUGUUCACCGCUUCGCUGUCCAAGUACGCCGAUCCGGUGCUCGACAUGCUCGACAUCCACCACGCCGUUCGACACCGACUCUUCAGGGAGAGCUGUUACAACCACAAGGGCAACUACGUCAAGGACCUCUCGCAGUUGGGGAGGGAGAUUGGCGAUACGAUCAUCAUUGACAAUUCGCCAGCGAGUUACAUUUUCCAUCCGAACAAUGCGGUUCCUAUCAGCAGUUGGUUCAACGAUCCGCACGAUACCGAGUUGACGGAUCUGUGUCCGUUUUUGGCGGAUCUGGCGGAUGUGGACGACGUUAGGGCCGUGUUGGAUGGUGCGUUGUGA